GCGGUCUUACUGAAACACUGCCAGUUGUUGCGGAUACUUUUGCACAAAGCAUGGUGAAUUGCACCAGCUUUAUUACGAAGGACAUAUUUGAAAAUAUCAAAAUUCAACAAAUUCAGACAUUUCACCACUACCUUAGCGAACCUAAGAUUUUCAUCACCGACAUGGCAUUAUCGAUACUAAAACUCAACCAUCAUUCACAAAUUGAUAUGUACAAUACUGUACAGAAUAUCACUUUGAAAGACUUUCAAGACUUCGUGAAAUCCUUUACCGAACAUCUAUACAUUCAAUGCCUCGUGCAAGGAAACAUGACGCCGUCUGCUGCAAUCAACACAGUACAGCAAUUUAUCAAAACAAUUAAUUGUAGCCCUUUACAUCCAAAUACGAUGCAACAGUUUAGAACCAUUCAGAUACCAUUAGGCAUAAGCUAUUACAAGAUUAAAAAUAUCAACAAAUUAGAUGAUACUUCCAUGACAAAAAAUUAUUAUCAAGCCGGUGUCUACACGAUUGAAAUAUCGACAUUAGUUUGUCUGAUACGCGUAAGUAUUAAAGGGAUCCUAAAUUGA